GUGUCACACGUGAACGCGCCGUGUUAUGAGAGCGCUGCUGUGUGAAACUCAGCCGAGCUGCUUUUACAGGUUAGCAGGCGGUGCUCUCCUCUCAAAAUGGCAGCGUCCCGGACCGUCGUGUGUUUACUCAGAAAUGACCUGCGCCUUCACGACAACGAGGUCUUCCACUGGGCUCAGAGGAAUGCUGACCAUAUAGUUCCUCUCUACUGCUUCGACCCACGUCAUUAUUUGGGCACCCAUCAUUUUAACUUCCCCAAAACCGGCCCAUUCCGGCUACGCCUCCUCCUGGACAGCGUGAAGGACCUGAGAGCCACACUGAAGAAGAAGGGCAGUAAUCUUAUAGUCAGACGUGGAAAGCCUGAAGAAGUUGUGGGUGAUUUGAUCAAGCAGUUGGGUUCAGUCAGUGCUGUGGCGUUUCAUGAAGAAGUCACAUCAGAAGAAAAGAGGGUGGAGAAGAAGGUGAAGCAUGUGUGUUCCCAAAAUAAGGUCAAAGUUCAAACUUUCUGGGGGUCCACACUGUACCACAGAGAUGACCUCCCUUUCUGCCACAUUGGAGGACUGCCUGAUGUCUACACUGCGUUCAGGAAGGCAGUGGAGGCCCAGAGCAGAGUGAGGCCUGUCCUUCCUUCAGCAGAACACAUUAGGCCUCUUCCUCUGGGCCUCGAGGAAGGCCCAAUUCCUACGUUUGAUGACCUGGAACAGACAGAGCCACUGGACGACACUCGUUCUGCUUUUCCGUGUAGAGGUGGAGAGAGUGAGGCACUUGCUCGGCUAAAACAUUACUUCUGGGAAACAAAUGCUGUUGCUGCUUAUAAAGAGACCCGAAAUGGCUUAAUCGGAGUCGACUAUUCAACAAAGUUUGCGCCUUGGCUUGCUCUGGGUUGCAUAUCUCCGAGGUACAUUUAUGAGCAGAUCAAGAGAUACGAGGCUGAGAGGACCGCCAAUCAGAGCACGUACUGGGUGAUAUUUGAACUGCUGUGGAGAGAUUAUUUCCGAUUUGUGGCUUUGAAAUAUGGAGACCGAAUAUUUCAUCUGAACGGCCUUCAAGAUAAGCAUGUGCCCUGGAAGACAGACAUGGAGCUCUUCAAUGCGUGGAAAGAGGGCAGGACAGGGGUGCCCUUCGUGGACGCUAACAUGAGGGAGCUCUUUCUGACCGGGUUCAUGUCCAACAGGGGGCGCCAGAACGUUGCCAGUUUCCUCACCAAAGACCUGGGCCUGGACUGGAGGCUCGGAGCUGAGUGGUUUGAGUAUCUGCUGGUGGACUAUGAUGUGUGCAGCAACUACGGCAACUGGCUGUACAGCGCUGGAGUAGGAAAUGACCCGAGAGAAAACAGGAAGUUCAACAUGAUCAAACAAGCAUUGGACUACGAUAGUAAUGGAGACUAUGUAAGGCAGUGGGUGCCAGAGCUGAAGGGCAUCAUGGGUGGAGACGUUCACACCCCAUGGGCCCUGAGCAGUGCCUCGCUGUCCCAUGCACAGGUAGCUCUUGAUAAGACGUAUCCAUCUCCUAUCGUCAAGGCAUCUGAGUGGAGUCGCCACAUCAACAUGAAACCAUCUGGUGCAGGUUCAUCAAAAGGAAAGAAGGGGUCCUCUCAUACACCACGGCAGCACCGAGACAGAGGCAUCGACUUUUACUUCUCCAAGAGCAAGAAUCUUUAAAGAGGAAAUGACUGAUGAUUCUGUUCACAGGAGUAAAAUUCAGCAAAAUCCUC